AUGGAAAUUUCUUACAACAGUAAUGCCAGUAACUUUUUCUUCAUAUUGAUGGAUCUCCCGGGACUGGAGACUGCUCAUUGUUGGACAGCUAUUCCUAUCUGCUUCAUCUAUGUUCUUUCUGUGCUGGGCAACAUCACUAUAAUAUGCACUGUCAAAUCCGUGCCCAGCCUCCACACACCAAUGUACUUCUUCCUUUCCAUGCUUGCAAUGGCUGACGUGGGCCUCUCAGCUUCUACACUUCCUUCAAUGGUAGCUGUCUUUCUCCUGGGCCAGAGGAAGAUGAGAGCUGCAGCCUGCUUUUUGCAACUUUUCUUCAUUCACACUUUCUCAGUCAUUGAAUCAGCUGUUCUGUUGGCCAUGGCUUUUGACCACUGCAUUGCUAUCCGAGAACACUUACGCUAUGCCUCCAUUCUCACAACCACACGCAUUGGGGCCAUUGGGCUGGCCAUUGUGACCCGUAGCACUGCCCUCCAUGUGCCCCUACCUGUGCUCCUUGGAAGACUGCAAUUCCAGCCUGUGAAUGCUCUCUCUCAUUCUUAUUGUGUUCAUCCUGAUGUUCUAAAGCUAGCAAGCUCCAACACUCUUGUGAACAGUGGCUUUGGGCUCUUUGUCAUGCUCUCCACACUGGGAAUGGAUGCUGUGUUUAUUCUUCUCUCCUACGUGCUGAUCUUGAAAACAGUAUUGAGUAUUACUUCCAAUGCUGAGAGGCUCAAAGCUUUCAACACCUGCAUUUCCCACAUCUGUGCUGUACUGCUCUUUUAUAUCCCACUAAUUAGUCUUUCCAUGAUCCAUCGCUUUGGAAAAAAGAAGCUACCAGCUCAGGCAUACAUGCUUCUCUCUUAUCUGCACUUUCUUGUACCUCCAAUGCUCAACCCAAUUGUCUAUAGUGUCAAAACUAAAGAGAUUCGGGUACACAUUCUAAACAUGCUCACCCUAAAAAGAAUAAAAUAUUGUUGGUAG